AUGUCUUACAAAGGCAUGGACUCUUCUAACGCGUCCCAAAAGCCAUCUACUCAGUUCAAAGCUCACAUUGACCCUGCAGGUAACAUUGCAUCUCAUGGGCGUCUAGGCUCGGGAACGAUGAAUUUGGGCACGGUUACUACUGGAACCAACCCGCUCGUCUCGUCCAAACUGGGGAAUAUUCAAAACGCUCCUCCGGCUGGGGACGAUAAGAAAAUGAAGGCUGAUCAACCUGGCUCUUCCGUUCCUCAGUCAGUCAUGGAACAGAUCCUUGCAAAGCUGUCUCCAAAGGACAACAACUCAGGUGGUCCAGCUGGUAGCUCAGUCACGAAAUCCAUGGAUGCCCAGCCCCGUCUAGCAAGACAGCCAUCUGGAGAAAAUGCUACCUCGCUUGUAAACCAUACGGAAUUACCUCCAGCAGUUGAAGGGCCCAUCCCGCUUACCACGUCCAGUCAACCAAACUUGAACGGUUGGCAGAAUACUGUGAAUACGGGAAAAGGUAUGGAUACCCAGGAGAUGUUCCGCUUGCAGCAAGAAUUGGAAGCUGCGAAUUCUCGCAUUGCUUUACAAGAGCAAGAGCUUGCCCAGACCCGUGUUAUCAAACAGACACUGGAUCAAGCUAUGGGACCACCAUCUGAAGUUGACUUUGGCGGCCGUGAGAUUACUGAGCAGACAAUCAGCAGCUUGCAGAAUGCUUUCAACGCGUCCACUCGCCAGUUCAACCAACAUCAAGAACAAUGGUCAUUGCAAGAUGACGCUCACUCUGAUAUCUCAGACGCCCUCUCUGCUGGGGGUUACAAUAGAGCCCGUGGCCUAUGGAAUGCCCAACCCCAGCCACCGGUGAACAACUUUGGCAACGUUGACAAGAUUGGCCGCGAUAUCAUGUUUCACGACUCUAACAUGAGCACUGACUCUACUAGGAGCUGGGGAACGCGCAUAAGUCAGCCGGAAUAUACCCCCCAGGCUGGGUUUCCGGUCAACCAACGUAUGGUUCCGGGUCACGCAAGCCCACCCUAUGGGUUCGACAAUCGCUAUUCUGCAGAACCAGCUCCUCAAAUUCAAGGACCCACUGGCCGCCGUGCCACUCAAGUUAAUCGCGGAUCCUCAUGCUUCCCUCCCCAGACCUCGCCAUGGGGUACAUUCCCUCCAUCUUUGACUCCCAUCCCUAGGCCCGCUAGUCAGCAACACGCUGCCAAUUUCCAGCCUCAAAAUACCUAUCCAGCUGUAAACACGUAUCAGCCCCGCCCAAUUGGCACCCCGUUGUCCCCCAUGGCAGCUGAGUUUACUGCGUACCCGGCUACCCCUGCAUCCUGGGCUUCUUCUGCCACUACCGGAGCUGCUUCUACGUAUGUCUCUCCGCUUGAGCCAUUGAAUUAUCGUCGUCUUCUAGACAAAAGUGUUUCGUGCGAUUGGAAAUAUAUCGUAGACAAGAUCGUUUGCAACAACGAUCAACAGGCAUCCAUUUUCCUUCAGCAGAAGCUUAAGGUUGGCACAUCUGAGCAGAAGUAUGAAAUCAUUGAGGCAAUCGCCAAUCAGGCAUACCCGUUGAUGAUCAAUCGCUUUGGCAAUUUCCUUGUUCAACGCUGCUUUGAGCACGGUACUCCAGAGCAGGUUAUUUCUAUUGCUAAUGCAAUUCGUGGGAAUACCUUGAGCCUAAGCAUGGACCCAUUCGGUUGUCAUGUCAUUCAAAAAGCAUUUGACUGUGUCCCAGAGGAGCAUAAAGCGGUUAUGGUCCAUGAGCUACUUCGCCGUAUCCCCGAGACCGUAAUUCAUAGAUACGCUUGUCAUGUGUGGCAGAAACUUUUUGAACUCCGUUGGAGUGGUGAACCACCACAGAUUAUGGCUAAAGUUAACGAAGCACUCAGAGGAAUGUGGCAUGAGGUUGCCUUGGGCGAGACUGGGAGUCUUGUUGUCCAAAAUAUUUUUGAAAAUUGCGUUGAGGAUGAGAAGCGUCAAGCAAUUGAGGAAGUUCUCGCAAAAAUUGACCUUCUAGCACAUGGCCAAUUUGGCAAUUGGUGCAUCCAACAUAUCUGUGAACAUGGUGCCCCACCUGAUAAGAGCCGUGCGAUUGAACACAUUUUAGCUUGGGUUACCGAUUACAGCAUGGACCAGUUUGCUUCCAAAGUUGUGGAGAAGUGCUUGAAAAUUGGUGGAACUGAGUUCCUCGAUAGGUACCUCGCUAGAGUCUGUACUGGCCGCCCUGACCGUCCCCGCAUGCCUCUAAUUGAUAUUGCCGGAGACCAGUAUGGAAACUACUUGAUUCAAUGGAUCCUUCUGAAUGCUGGGAACCAGCACCGUGAGCUAGUUGCAGGUCAUAUUCGCAAACACAUGGUUUCUCUUAGGGGCUCCAAGUUUGGGUCCCGUGUUGCCAUGUUAUGCUGCAACCCUAACCAUGUUACUCGUCCAGGACCAGGUGCGGGCAUUCAAAUCAGCCGCUUCAAUGCUCCUUCUGAAGACCGUGGCCCUAGCACUAUGAAUGGUACUAGGUUCAACCGCAACUCUCAGUGGAGUAGCAACUACCCUCCAUUCCGUUGA